GCGUUCGCGUGUGCCAGGCGGGGGUCACCGCCGUGACGCGUUACACUUCCGGGUGAGCGCCAGCCGGCGCCAUAUUGUCUUGUUCGUGAAGACGAGGGGCGAAAGAGGGGAGAGAGCGGCGGCGCGGCGGCGGCGCCUGCGGCGGGAGGCGGGGGCGAGUUUGAAAUAUAGACUAUAUAAAGACUUAAAAGAUGUGGGAUCAAGGUGGACAACCUUGGCAGCAAUGGCCUUUGAACCAACAGCAGUGGAUGCAGUCAUUUCAGCACCAGCAAGAUCCAAGCCAGAUUGACUGGGCUGCAUUAGCUCAAGCAUGGAUUGCUCAGCGAGAAGCUUCAGGGCAACAGAGUGUGGUGGAACAGCAAGGAAUGAUGCCAAACGGACAGGAGAUUUCAGGAAUAGAGUCUGGUCCAAACAACCAUAAUAACUUUCAGGGGGAUCCCAACUUCAAUAGAAUGUGGCAGCCAGAAUGGGGAAUGCCUCACCAACCCCCUCACCCACCUCCAGACCAGCAGUGGAUGCCUUCAACUCCAGGUCAAAUGGAAAUUGUUCCUCCAUCUGAAGACAGCAACAGUCAGGACAGUGGGGAAUUUACUCCUGACAACAGGCAUAUAUUUAACCAGAACAAUCACAACUUUGGGGGACCUCCUGAUAACUUUGCAAUGGGGCCAGUGAACCAGUUUGACUAUCAGCAUGGGGCUGCUUUUGGUCCACCUCAAGGUGGAUUUCAUCCACCUUAUUGGCAGCCAGGACCACCAGGGCCGCCAGGUCCAUCAGCACCUCCUGCACCUCCUCAAAAUCGAAGGGAAAGACCCUCAUUCAGAGACCGCCAGCGUUCACCUAUUGCGAUGCCUGUGAAGCAGGAGCCUCCACAGAUUGAUGCUGUGAAGCGUAGAACUCUGCCUGCCUGGAUUCGUGAGGGCCUGGAAAAGAUGGAACGAGAAAAACAGAAGAAAUUGGAGAAAGAGAGGAUGGAGCAGCAACGUUCACAGAUGUCUAAAAAGGAAAAAAAGGAAAAUGAGGAGGCUGAAGAAGGGGAUGGACCACGGUUACCUCAAAAAAGUAAAUUUGACAGUGAUGAGGAAGAAGAAGAUGCUGAAAACACAGAAGCUGUAAGCAUUGGGAAAAUCAGCAGGAGUCCAUCCCCAGCUCCUCAAGAGGAGCAAAGUGAACCAGAAAUGACAGAGGAAGAAAAGGAAUAUCAAAUGAUGAUGCUGACAAAAAUGCUGCUGACAGAGAUUCUCUUAGAUGUCACAAACGAAGAGAUUUAUUACGUGGCCAAAGAUGUUCACCGUAAAGCAACUAAAGCUCCUGCAAAACAGCUGGCACAGUCCAGUGCACUGGCUUCCCUCACUGGACUCGGUGGACUGGGUGGUUAUGGAUCAGGAGACAGUGAAGAUGAGAGGAGUGACAGAGGCUCUGAAUCAUCUGAUACUGAUGAGGAGGAAUUAAGACACAGAAUCAGGCAAAAACAGGAAGCUUUUUGGAGAAAAGAGAGAGAACAGCAACUACUACUAGAAAAACAGCUAGAAGAAGAAAAGCUACAAAACGAAAAGGUUUCAAAAGAGAUGAAUGACUUUCUCAACAAAGAACAGAACAGUAACUCAGCAUCACAGGAGGCAAAAGAAAUGGAAGCAGAUAUAGCUCAUCACGAAAAGAAAAGAUCUCCAAAUUCGAUGCCACCCGAUGUAGAGCUCAAAAAGGAGGGUAAAGAGAGGGCAGGAAGGAGCGGGUCGAGAAGCUCUAGCAGCGGUAGCAGCAGCAGCAAUAGCAGGAGCAGCAGCAGUAGCAGCACUGUGUCUAGUUCAUCCUAUAGCAGUAGCUCGGGCAGCAGUCGCAGCUCUUCGCCUUCUUCCUCUCCUAAAAGGAAGAAGAGACACAGUCGCAGUAGGACGCCCUCGCAUAAGGUCAGGCGCAGCAGGAGCAGGAGCUUCUCGCACAGGAACAGGAGAGAGAGGAGCAGGGAGAAAAUAAGGGAGAGGAGAAGAUCUAGUCGGAAUCGCAGCGGGGAGAGAGGGGAGAGGCGAAGGAACCCGAGUCCCUCGAGAGAGAGGAGCUGGGACAGACGUAGGAGCAGUAGCCGUUCGAGAGACAGGCGAGCCAACCGCGCCAGCCGCAGCAGGAGCAGGGAGAGGCGCAAGGCGGAGGAGCAGCAGCAGCGUAGGAGCCCCACGGGAAACAGGCACAAGCACAAAGGCGAGGGUAAAGAUCCAGAAAGGAAGAAGGAGCAGGGCGGAGGUGUAGAUAAAGACAGGAAAAAGAACAGAGAGAGAGAUCAGGAAAAAAGGAAAGAUAAGCCCAAAAAGGAGGAAAAAGAAAGUAAGGCUGGCAAUCACGACGACAGUAGGUUAAAGAGAAAAAGAGACAGCGAAAGAACUUUCUCUCGCGGUGAAUCCAUCUGCGUGAAAAUAAUCAGGCAGGAUUCCAGACAAGAAAGCAAAAAAAUCACUACCAAAGAGAGCAAAAAACGGUCAGGCUCCGAAUCUAGUGCAAGGAGUAGUUCGGAAUCGCCAGGCAGCAGCAAAGAGAAGAAGGCUAAGAAAUCCAAGCACGUCCGGUCAUGCUCCGCGGAGAAAUCCCAAAGGUCUGGUAAGAAGGCAAGCCGCAAACACAAGUCUAAGUCACGAUCAAGAUCGACGACUCCUCUUCGUCGUAAACGCUGAGGAAAUUAUGGCACCAGUGCUAUGACAUUUACCAAUUCCAUGAGUUAUAAAGGGCUUGUCUCAUUAUAGAGGCACAUUGUGGCUACGUAGGUGAAACCAGAAUCCUUUUUUUUUUAUCUGUAAAUAGGUGUAUUUUGGUUUUUUCCCAAAUGCUGCUCAGAAUUCAAUACCUGAAUAGGAUUUCUUUGUAUUACCUUUUUUUUCCCCUCCCCCCCAAGGAUGGUAGUGCUUAUUGAGAAUAUAAACCAGGCCAUUCUCUUUCAGCUGUAAUGUUCUUACAAUUACUAUUGAAUGUACUGUGAUGUCAAUAAAGCUCUUUAGUUCGGUUUUUUUUUUUGUUUAAA